AGCGGAAGUAGACCCGGAUUUCUCUUGCUGGCAGGGAGGAAUCAUGAUUUCCGAAAGCGGCUCCUUCAUCAAGGGCAUGGUUCUCGGAGGGAUUUGUUGCGCCUUGGUGACCCUUCUGGGACAUAUUAAAACGGGUCACACCACGAAAUCUCAUGAGCACCGACACCUCCAAGCGCCCAGGAAAGAGGACAUCCUCAGUCUCUCGGAAGAGAAGCGCCUGGAACUGACCCAGAGCCUCCGCGUCUACUGCAUCAUCCUGGUCAAACCCAAGGACCUGGGACACUGGGCCGCGGUGAAAGAAACCUGGAGCAAACACUGCGACGGGGCCGAGUUCUACAGCUCCGAGAACGUCAAAGUCUUCGACUCCAUCGUGCUGAACACCGAUGACACGUGGACGAUGAUGCGCAAGGCCUACGCCUACGCCUACGAGAAUUACCGAGACGGCUACAACUGGUUUUUCCUCGCCUACCCCAGCACCUUUGCCGUUAUCGAAAACCUCAAGUACUUCUUGUUGAAGCAGGACGCCGCCCAGCCGUUCUACACAGGCCAGACCCAAUCCUCGGGGGAUCUACAGUACGUGAACGGGGCGGGCGGGAUCGUCUUGAGCGUGGAGUCCUUGCGGCGGCUCUACAGGAUUUUUCAGGAUCCGGAUAAGUGCCCUGAGCACGGGGGCGUGAUUUGGAAGCUUUCCGAAGAUAAACAGUUAGCCUUGUGCUUAAAGUACGGCGGGGUGCAGGCCGAGAACGCGGAAGACUCUGAGAAGAAGGACAUCUUCAACACCAAGUCGGUGGGCACUCUUAUCAAGGAGGCCAUGGCUAACCACCCCCAGGAAGUGGUGGAAGGCUGCUGUUCGGAUAUGGCCAUCACGUUCAGUGGCCUGUCGCCGAACCACAUGCACGUCAUGAUGUACGGUGUCUACAGGCUCAGAGCAUACGGCCACACUUUCAGCGAUGCCUUAGCCUUCCUCCCUCCCCCAGACUCCGAUAAUGACUGAAAGAGGGCAGCAUGAAAGCGGAAACCCACCACACACAUGUACUGUCCCUCGGCAAGCAGCAUGUAUUCAGGACAGUUCCAAAUUUGCAUUUUACUAGUUUCUGUGUUAGUUCUCUC